GUGUGGGUCUGUGAGAACAGGAAGCCUUGGGGCAGAGUCCAAAGACGCUGUAAUUAUCUCCUCUCUCCCAAGCCUGGGGCGCAGGUGAGCGUAGCCACCUCGGGGCCCCAGGUGCGCGGCGGCAGGUGAGCGCCUCGCGGCUGCUCUCGGCCAAUGGGCGAGCGCGGGGCGGCGGCGGGGCGGAGCCUCCAGUGCGGACCGCGCUCCAGACCGCGCCCAGGGCGCUCCACUAGGCACCGCGCGUCCUUGGCAGCUUUCCCGGCCCGAAGAGGAGGCGGAGGCCGUGGCGCUGGCGGCUCCAGCGGCCUGAGCUCUGCGCGCUCCCCGUCCCUCCCCCAGGGCCUCCGGCGUCGGGCUCCGGAGAGAAGGGGGUGGAAGCAGCCCCAGCCCGGCCGCUGCAGUAGCGGCGCCAGGUGAGUGCGGGAGCCGCAGGGAGCGAGCGCCCCCCUGGGCGGCCCUCCUCGUCCCGGGCAGGAAGGGACGAGGAAGACUUGCCCAGGAGCCACCGGAGCCGCGGGGCGCCGCGCGGAGCAGCCCCGAGUCGCCCCCCUCGAGUCGCGCCUAGCGUGGGCAUGCAGGCGACACCCCCCCGCGCCGGGCUGCCCCUGCGGAGCGCGGCGAGCGCCCACUCGCGCCCGGACCAGGGCGGGAGAGAGUGCGGAGCGGGGAGCGAGCCCGGCCGGGUGAGCAGCAAGGGCAGCUACGACUUCAGGCGGGUGGCGAUCCGGCGGAAGUCCAAUGUCGCCUACCUGCUGCACGGGACCCCCAGACCCUGGAGUCGGCCCUCGCCGCACUCGGGAUGGGCCGAGACGGCCGCCUUCAGGACCCCGUCACCCGCGGGCACCACAGGUGGCAGUACCUGUCCAAAGAUCACUAUCAUUCCACCCUUUUUGAAAAGCAGCACAACUGCACUGAUUGAUCAGAAUGUAUCUGAUGAAGAGGCUCAGGGAAUAAAUGGAAAAACGCCAGCAAAACACUCAGCUGCAAGUCCAAAGCCACAAGUGCCUCCAAAGCCAUUACAUCUGCAGAAUUCACCUUUGUCCAGUAUACACCCAACCCCUAAGCAUAAAGCUUUAUCUAGUGCAGCACCCAGGAUGGAGGAAGUUAAACCUGCCUCUGCUUCUUGUGUCUCAAAAGAAAAAUCCAGUAAAAUAUCAGAUCUCAUCAGUCGCUUUGAAGGAGGCAGCACAUUAUCAAGUUACGGUGAUUUGAAGAAAAAUUCAGCUGUGACCCUAAGUGUUCCUAGAACCACAGGAAGGCAUGGAUUGACAACCACACCUCAGCAAAAGCUCCCCUCCCAGGACCCACCACAGAAGCAGGGAAGUGAUGUGGAGCCAACUCAGGGUGUACAAACUUGUGUGGCUAACGGUGUGAUGGAGGCACAAAACCAGGUGGAAUGUGAGGAGGACAAAGGGGCCACUGGUAGCCCAGAUACUCCUACUCAAGCUGCUGAACCCUUGCUUGACACGGACUUAGUGAAUGGAGCAGGAGACGAAAGUACCACGGGCCCCGCCUCACCCGCAACAAAUGACUGUGAUGGGAAUGCUUCUGACAGCAGCUGCAGGGCGCCCAGUGUGGACCCAGCCCUCCCCCUGGAAGAAGAAAGGGCAGACACAGACGCCAAGGGUCAAGAGAAGGAAAACGGAGAAAGCUCUUCGGAACUGGAACAGCUGGACCAGCACCAGGAGAUGAAGGAGACAAAUGAGCAAAAACUUCACAACAUAGCCAAUGAGCUGUUGCUUACGGAAAGAGCUUACGUCAACCGACUUGACCUCUUAGAUCAGGUAUUUUAUUGCAAACUAUUGGAAGAGGCCAAUCGAGGCUCAUUUCCAGCAGAGAUGGUGAAUAAAAUCUUUUCUAAUAUUUCAUCAAUAAAUGCCUUCCAUAGUAAAUUCCUAUUGCCAGAACUGGAGAAACGAAUGCAAGAAUGGGAAACUACUCCUAGAAUUGGUGACAUCCUCCAGAAAUUGGCACCAUUCCUUAAGAUGUAUGGAGAAUACGUGAAAGGAUUUGAUAACGCAAUGGAAUUGGUUAAAAACAUGACAGAGCGUAUUCCCCAGUUCAAAUCAGUAGUUGAAGAAAUCCAGAAACAGAAGGUCUGUGGGAACUUGACCUUGCAGCACCACAUGCUGGAGCCCGUUCAGCGGAUUCCUCGGUACGAGAUGCUCCUGAAGGACUACCUGCGGAAAUUGCCCCCUGACUCUCCAGACUGGAAUGAUGCGAAAAAAUCACUGGAAAUUAUAUCUACAGCAGCAAGCCAUUCUAAUAGUGCAAUAAGAAAAAUGGAUAACCUAAAGAAACUCUUAGAGAUUUAUGAAAUGCUGGGAGAAGAGGAAGACAUUGUAAAUCCUUCCAAUGAACUAAUAAAAGAAGGACAGAUCCUUAAACUAGCUGCUCGGAACACAUCAGCACAGGAACGCUACCUUUUGUUAUUCAACAACAUGUUGCUGUACUGUGUGCCAAAAUUCAGCUUGGUGGGCUCCAAAUUCACAGUUCGGACCAGGGUUGGCUUAGAUGGAAUGCAAAUUGUGGAGACUCACAAUGAGGAAUAUCCGCACACUUUCCAGGUAUCUGGGAAAGAGAGAACACUGGAAUUGCAAGCCAGUUCUGAACAAGACAAAGAAGAAUGGAUCAAGGCCCUUCAAGAGACUAUCGAUGCUUUCCAUCAGAGGUAUGAAACCUUCAGAAAUGCGAUUGCAAAGGAUAAUGACAUUCAGUCAGAGGUUUCUACUGCUGAGCUAGGGAAAAGAGCCCCAAGAUGGAUCCGAGAUAAUGAAGUAACGAUGUGUAUGAAAUGCAAAGAGCCUUUCAACGCACUGACAAGGAGAAGGCAUCAUUGUCGAGCAUGUGGACAUGUGGUUUGUUGGAAGUGUUCUGAUUACAAAGCUCAUCUGGAGUAUGAUGGUGGUAAAUUGAGCAAAGUUUGUAAAGACUGUUACCAAAUAUUAAGUGGAUUCGCAGACAGUGAAGAAAAGAAACGAAAAGGGAUUUUAGAGACUGAAUCAGCAGAAGUAUCUGGAAACAGUGUGGUGUGCAGCUUUCUUCAGUAUAUGGAGAAGUCAAAACCUUGGCAGAAAGCUUGGUGUGUGAUCCCCAAACAAGACCCUCUUGUGCUGUACAUGUACGGUGCCCCACAGGAUGUCAGAGCCCAGGCCACCAUUCCACUCCUGGGCUAUAUUGUGGAUGAUAUGCCAAGGAGUGCAGACCUGCCUCACAGUUUCAAACUGACCCAGUCCAAGUCUGUGCACAGCUUUGCUGCAGACAGUGAGGAACUGAAACAGAAGUGGCUGAAAAUCAUCCUUCUAGCUGUCACAGACACCUGAGCAGUCAGGACGGAUUGAACCUAAGAAGGUAAUUGGUUGCUUUCCUAUUAAAGCCAGCAUCCCAUCGUGUAGGUCUUACAAUUUGUUUUCUCUAAGUUGGUGCUUUCCAACUCAUCUUUUCUUUAAAGUUAAAAAAUAUUUCUUUGCUAAAAACUGCUGUUCAUUAUAAAACAUUCCAAUUUUUAAACUUAAAUUUUGCUUUGUUGAAAGUCUACCAUUUAGGAUAUUUAAGUAUGAAAUGUAGUGCAGACUGAUCUCCAGGUUUCAAGUGGGACUCAACAAUGAAAACUGCCACCAGCCACUUUUGUAAUAAUGGCAUCUAUCAUGCUGUCAUGUAUGCAAGCAAUAAAACUCUUCAGGGUAUGUUUUUAUACUGAAAUCUUAACAUGAAUGCCCCUAGCCACAUUCUAGAAGAGAAUUCACUUCUAGAAAUGAUCAUGUAACUCAUUGCCUGGUAUAGGGAAGAGAAAGUGUGUGUGCUUGGGGGUGGGGGUUGGGGGGAUUGGGCAUUAUUCUUUGGAUUCAAAUAACUAUCAAAACCAUUUUCCUUCUGCAAUGGGUAUGGAUAAUGAAACAAAGCACAUCUGCACUACUUUAUCAAGCAACAUCUCAUUUUUCAUGAAGUUUAAUAACAUACCCUUGGUGUACUUCUCUUCACUGGGUGACCUACCCUCAUUUUUUUAAAUACACCGUUUUUUAACUUUUUAAGAACUAGUUUUUUAAAUGUGCCCUGUCCCCAUCUAUAAACAAACAUUGGAUUUUUUUUUUUAAAGAAUAUUUACUGUAGUCCUCAGUAUAUUACAAAAAAAACAACAACUUCAUAGUACUUCAGGGUUAUUAAGGAUUCAUUAAUGCCUUCUAAAAACCUUAAAUCAAACAUACUUCUUCGAGUUUACAAUUGUGGUUUACUUCUUUUUGUCUACUCUGUGGAACAGGGUGUUUAAAUUCCUUUAAAUUUUAGAUCUCAAUUCUGGUUCUAUUCAAAGCCUUACAUUCUUACUCUGAGCAUAUUGUCUGUGGUAACUCUGAUAAUGAUCUUUCUGGGCUGGAUCCAUCCCGAGGAAAAGGCACCAACAGGAGCAAAUAAACUUCUAAGGAACAAGGUCUUCUUCAUAUUUUCUUGUUUUUGUAGUUACCUUUGCUAUAAUAGAGAAGGUUAAUUAAAAUUUCCUACAUCACGUGAUGUUUGUGUGAGCGGGUCUAAGCACAUGGUAUUUAUAAGCUAAAAUUAAUUCAAAAGACAGGAAUGUCUUAAUGUUUUCAUUGUUAAAAUUUUGUAUUCUUCAAGAAUGUAUUAAUAUAAAAACUGUGGCUAACUAGUUCUGAUUCUCAGGACUGGAUUGAUAUCCGUAGUGGACCAUGUUAUUUCCUUAUUCUCAUCCAGUUUUAGUUGAAUCAAAUUACUUUUACUUUCAUAUUCCUCUCUACUAUAGAUUCUCCAGAUUUGGAAAAUAUAUAAAAACCACUAGAUCUACUUUUAAAACUCUUUCUGUGAAUUUCUGAGUAUAUGUAUAUAUGUAAAAAUAUUAUUGAUUUCCAAUUCUGUUUUUUUCAUAGGAACAAAAUUUUUAUAGAAACUGUUCUUUUUAGUUUAAAUAUUUUAACAUAAAUUACUCCCAUGAAUUUUUAGUAUAGUUCAUUCUUAUUUAUCCCCAUAUCCAUGUCAUGAGAUGAAAACUUUGCUUUUUUUACUGCUAUAAUAGAGAGGAAUAAAAUUAGGAACUGAAGCAAGCAGGAAUGAGCAGAGAGGUGGGCAGCAGAAAGAGGCUGCUGGUCUCCAGAUCAGAGCAAUAUGUGUUAAGAUAAGAGAAAAAUACUUACACUGCAGAAGGGAUAUAAAAUAUAAAUUUACAUAAUUGCAUAUUGAUGGGAUUUAUUGCACCCCAGCCUUUCACCUUGACCUCUAUAUCAUUACUUUCUUUUUCCUUUAGGCUAUAAAAGAAAUAAAUUUAUUCUAUUGGGCCAUUUUUAGUGCUGUUUACUGAAGUAGAAAAAAAUAUCCCUUUAAAGUCCAUCCUGGUCUUUUACUUCUAGACUGAACAUUUGGCAGAAUAUAGUGUCUUUUCUGUGAUUUGAGAUGAAAUAGCACAUGCCUCAACAAGAUCAUUUUUAACUUGUUGGGGUUACUGAGUUACCCAAUGGUUAUCCCUUUCUAAAAUUCAUUGUAGAUUGAAUUAGUGAGAUUAGGUAGAUUUAGUGAUAAAUUAAUUCAAGAAAUCUCAUUGUAGCAUAUUUUAAUAAGUGAAUACCAAAUACAUAGAGUGAUAUAUAUGUAGUUUUGGGGGAGAGGCAUAAUAAUCUGUAGGGACCAUUAUGAUAACUGAAUUGCAUUAUAUGUUACACAUUAUAUGGAUGUUGGAAUGUAUCACUUGGGGGGGUGUGGGGGGGUGGUCUCCAUUAGCAAUCAUGUCUGUAUAUAAAACUAUCUUCUGUUUUUAUUUUAUCAAACUAGCAUUUCAUUUUGUGAGUGACAGUUGACUGAUAUUUUUGAGUAAGUGUGAUCUGGUUUUGAAUUGUUGACUGAUCAGUUUGAAAAGGUAUGUUAUCAGAAUUUUAGAGUUAACUCAAAUGUGAAAAAGUAUACAUAAAGGUAAUUUUUCUUUUCUAGCUAUGUGAAUGUAAAUAUGAAUGCAGAUAGUGUAUAUAUUGUGUAACAUAUGUAUAUUUGGUCACAAAGGUGGGGAAUCAGAAACAUUGUAAAAUUAAGCACUUUAAUUCCUCUUAAAUAUUAAACAUUUGUAUCUUGUAAAUAAAUACAUCCUUAAAUGAA